AUGGCGCCCAACAUCUGGCUCAAGCUAGAAAACCUCCAGCCCUCCGGCUCCUUCAAAUCCCGCGGCAUAGGCAACAUGAUGUUCCGCGCCGCCUCUUCCUCCUCCUCCUCCUCCUCGCCCCGCCGCUUCUACUGCUCCUCGGGUGGCAACGCCGGCCUCGCCUGCAUCACCGCCGCUAACGCCCUCAACCUCCCCGCCACCAUCGUCGUGCCCACCUCCACAGCCCCCAUCAUGGUCACCAAGCUGCGCGAUCUCGGCGCAGAGGUCCACCAGGUCGGCGCCAGCUGGGCCGAGGCCGACGCUCACUUGAGGGACGUCGUCAUGGCCUCUGAUCCCGACGGUGUCUACGUCCCGCCCUUUGAUCACCCGGAUAUCUGGACCGGCGCCGCUACCUUGAUCGAUGAGCUCGUUGUGCAGAUGGAUGUGCCUGUGCACGGUAUCGUUUGUAGCGUCGGAGGCGGCGGGCUUCUUAACGGCGUCAUGCACGGCAUCGAAGCUACGCCGUGGCCUGCCGGCCAGAAACCGAGCGUAUUGGCCGUCGAGACCGAAGGCGCCGCGAGCCUCAACGAGUGCGUAAAGACGGGCAACCACGCCACCUUGGACGCCAUCACCUCCAUCGCCACGUCUCUCGGCGCGCGGAAAGUCUCAGAAAAGACUUACGAGUGGCUCCAGAGUGAGAUUCUUCACUGCAUCACCGUCAAGGACUGGGAGGCUGCCAUGAGCUGCGUUCGCUUCGCCGACGACGCGCGUUUCGUCGUCGAGGUUUCUUGCGGUGCGACUAUUGCCCCGGCCUACUUCGCCGGGUCGGAUGGUGAGAACAGGCUACGCAAGGCCUUUGAGAAACCUGGUCUGCCGUGGGAUGAACAUAAUGUCGUGUUGGUGGUGUGUGGUGGGUCGUCCGUCUCGUUGGAUGUGCUGGAUAAGUACCGGAACGAAUAUGGUCAUUUGGCGGCGGCUGCUACUGCGACGACGAAGAAGACUACGAAUGGUGUGAAUGGUGUGGCGGCGAAGGCUGCUGUGAACGGUGUUUGA